CUCCGUGUGUUUAUUUGGUUCAUUGACUAAAAUGAAAUAUCAAUGUGUUGUUGACAAUAUGGGAGUGUUUUGUGAUUAUUUUAUAGUUUACCGAAAUCCAAAAGCUACUUUUCAAAAUAACGAUUAUUUAUUCAUUUUUUUAAGUAGCUCCUUUUAUAAAUUAAGUUUAUGUUUCUCAUAAAUUUAUUUUAAUUUUUUAUUUAAGUAUGCUGUAAUUAAAAUGAUCCGCCAUCUAUGGUCAUAGUUAAGAACUAUAAAAUAGGAGAAAAUGCAUCAGUCUAUACAAGACUGGAGGCAAGCUGUUCGAAUGCCAACAGCAUACAGAGUUGGAAAUUCCACACUCAGGAUACAAACUCAGUUUGUAGUAGGUGUUGCAAUAGUUGGGGUGUCUUUUUUAGUACUUUUAUAUGCUCUUCUUCCAUAUACAAGGAACCAGCAAUUAGUUAGUGAUAUCUAUCGCCAUGAUGAGCAUGGACAUCAACAUGUAGAAGAAGUAAAGAAAAGACAAUGGUUAUAUAAUUCAACAUAUCCUUUGACACCUCCAGCCACAACACCUAAAGGACUACGGUACAGAAUAGCUGUGAUAUCAGACUUGGACACUGAUUCCAAAGAUAAAGAGAAUAAUUAUACAUGGUUUAGUUAUUUUAAAAAAGGCUAUUUAACUAUAGACACUUCAAAAAAAUAUGUAAGCAUUGAAUGGGACUCUGAUCUUGUCAAGUUAAAGUCAACUUUAUCUCAAGCUGGCCGAGGAAUGGAAUUAUCAGAAUUGGUUGUCUAUAAUGGGAAACUUCUCGCAUUUGAUGAUCGAACUGGAGUAAUCUAUGAAAUAAGUGAAAAUCGUGCUAUACCUUGGAUCUUGCUCACAGACGGAAACGGGCGAACCAAUAAAGGAUUCAAAUGUGAAUGGGCUACUGUAAAGAAUCAACUUCUGUAUGUAGGGGGUUUGGGGAAAGAAUGGACAUCAUCUAAAGGCAAGUUAGUGAACUUCAAUCCUCAGUGGGUAAAAGUUGUCACUCCUAUAGGCCAGGUUGAGCAUAAAGACUGGAGACAGAACUAUCUUGCAGUACGUAGGGUGGCAAAAAUUGAAUUCCCUGGUUAUAUGAUUCAUGAAGCUGUUGUAUGGAGUGAUGUUCAUCAACAAUGGUUCUUUUUACCGAGAAGGGCAAGUACGACGACAUAUAAUGACAAAGAUGAUGAGAAAAUGGGAACUAACUUACUUAUAAAAGCUAAUGAAGACUUUUCUCAAAUAACUCUUACAAAUAUUGGUCCUGUAGUGCCUACUCAUGGAUUUUCUUCUUUUAAAUUUAUUCCUGACACCUCAGAUUCAGUAAUUGUUGCUUUAAAAUCUGAAGAAACUGAUGGCCAUAUAGCCACAUUUAUCACAGUAUUUACAGUUACGGGAGAAAUUUGGUUACCUGAAACUGAAAUUGGUACAUAUAAAUUUGAAGGUAUUGAGUUUAUUUAAGACUCAGCACAAAAAAAAAAAUGUAAAUUAAUCAUAUUUAUUUAUCUGCGAUGCAGAUUUGUGUAAAUAAAAUAAAGAGUUUAAUUUAUAAAAAGUGUACAAAAAUAAAAUUAGAUUCAGGAAA